AUGGCUGCAAAUGUCAUAGCUCUGAUUAUGCUAUCGUCCUUUGCCGUCUGGUCGGUUAACGGCGACAUCCCGUCGAGGCUUUUCGACGUGACAAAGUACGGCGCGGUUGCUAACGGAAGGACAGACGACAGUUUGGCAUUUCUGAGGGCGUGGCAGGACGCGUGCGCGUACCGGGGGAAGAGCGGCGUUUGGAUUCCACGCGGGGUGUAUUUGUUGGAGUCGGUGACGUUUUCCGGGCCGUGCAACGGACCCAUUGCGUUUCUGAACAAAGGGACCCUGCGGGCCCCGACGGAUCCCAGCAAGUUCAUUACCGACACGUGGAUAGGUUUCCGGUAUAUCAACCGGUUGACGGUGGCCGGCGGCGGGUACCUGGACGGAGAAGGCCCGGCUGCAUGGCCCUAUAACGAUUGCAACCGUAAUGCGGGAUGCAGGCCCCUUCCAGUUUCAUUGAGACUUGAUUUCGUGACCAACUCAAAGGUCCACCACCUGAGAUCCGUCAACAGCAAGAACACCCACAUCAACCUCUUCGCCUGCACCAACGUCAACCUCACCCAGCUCCGAAUCACCGCCCCGGCCGACAGCCCCAACACCGACGGCAUCCGCAUCGGCUCCUCCAACACCAUCCGCAUAUCCAACUCCCGAAUCAGCACCGGCGACGACUGCAUCUCCAUGGUCUCCGGCACCCGCGACGUCGACAUCUCCUUCGUCUCCUGCGGCCCCGGCCACGGCAUCAGCGUCGGCAGCCUCGGCAAAGGCCCCCAAAACGAGUACGUCCUCGGAGUCCGCGUCUCCAACUGCUCCUUCACCGGCACGGAGAACGGCGUCCGCAUCAAGACGUGGGCCCCGUCCCAGUCCAGCCUUGCGUCCGGCAUCACGUUCGAGGACAUUGUAAUGAGAUACGUGCGGAACCCGAUCGUCAUCGACCAACAGUACUGCCCGCAUUCCAACUGCAUGGAGGGUUUUAGUUCGGCCGUGCAAGUGGAGAAUGUGAUGUUCAAGAACAUUCGGGGGAUCUCGCAGACGCAAGUUGCGGUUAACUUGCUGUGCAGCAAUAUUCGGCCUUGCAAGGACAUUAAGCUCGUUGACAUAGACUUGUCGUACAUGAACCAUCGAGGACGGGCGAUCGCUCAGUGUUCGAAUGUCUUGGGUGCUGCCUAUGGACUACAGUAUCGUAUUCCGAAUAAACGGGUCCGAUUUGGGUCCCAGCUUGAUGAUUCUCCCGUGAAGCUGUGUGCCGAAUACGGCAAGCUCGAGCCGGGUGUAGGCCUUGAAAACCGAUGGGUAAGUGAGCCUUUCGGGCAGACGCCAGCAGCAGUUCAAAGAACAGGAAAAUUGUCAUCUGAGGCAAAAAAGAUUGAAAAAAAAAAAAAAAUUCACUUCUCGACAUCUUCAUCCCGUGGCGACCUCACCGCUCGACCUCCGCACGACCUCGCCGGCUCGACCUCCGCACAACCUCCGACCUCAUUCUGUGGCCACCUCUCCGGCUCCACGACCUCUGACUUUGUCCCGUGGCGACCUCACCGGCUCCGAAGAGAUCCCGCAAAUCCUCCGCAGCUUCUCGCCGGCUCCGAGGAGAUCCUGCCAAUCCUCCGCAGCUUCUUGUCGGCUCUGAGGAGAUCCCGCCAUAUCUUAUCUGGCCCCUGA